AUGCCCACCCCGGUCCCACCGUCCCCCGGCCAGGGCUUCACCAUCGCGGCGCUGCUGGGACACGUCUCCCCCCCCCCUCCUCCUCCUCCUCCUCCUCCGCCGCCGCCGCUUUGGGGACCCCCCUCUUUUGGGGUCCCCCCCGUUGCCGGACCCACCGUUGCCGCCGCCCGGGUCCUGCCGCCGCCGCCCGCCGCCCCCCGCCCGCUCUGCUCCGCCUGUUGCGGGCCCCCCCCCGGCUGGGCCACCCGGUUCGGGGCAACAGGCUUCCUGAUCUCCAAGUGCUGCUACCCCGUCUUCAAAGCCAAGACCAGCAAAGCCAAGCGAGUCCGGACCAUCUUCACCAGUGACCAGCUGGACCGGUUGGAGAAGGAGUUUGCACGGCAGCAGUACAUGGUGGGCACGGAGAGGUGCCUGCUCGCCUCCUCCCUGCACCUCACUGAAGAGCAGGUGAAAGUCUGGUUCCAAAAUCGGAGGAUCAAGUGGAGGAAACAAAGCCUGGCACAGCAACAAGCCCAAGUGGCCAAAAUGGGUUUGACCACCCCGCAGAGGAGCCCCGACUCGCAGAGCCACCCCGGCAAGGAGGACAAGGACUUCCCAGCGGAGUUGGAGGAUGGGCGGGAGGACACGACCUCGUCCCCCGGCUCGGGGACAGCACCCGCACAGACUGGCGACGAGGAGCUGCCGAAUCGCCCCGUCGGGCUGCUUUUCCGUGCAUAUCAUAUGAACGUUUCAUAG